GAAGACGGUUCCCUUGACACAUAGUUCACAUGGUGAAAACCCCUACACUUCACAAGCAUUAUCAAUGUAUGUCCACGACUCCACACCACACACAGAUUGUCCCAAUGUAAAAUUUCUACCGAUGUGGAUGGCUCAAACAUAACGACUGGUGUCAACUGUGGCAAAGAUGCCAAGAUAUACUUGUGGAAAAAAACAGUAAAAGCAAAGGAACAUGUCCAGAUUAUCCACCUUUUUCCUAACAAAGCGAGACACAUUCUAUUCAUUGCGUAGCACUAAGAUUCCCUUUGUGGGUGUGUGAGUGGUGCGUCCACCGACCCACAAAACGAUAAAACGAGAAAAGAAGACAGAGGAGGAAGCAUAUUUCUGUCAAUGACCCUUUUGUACCGACGAGCACGUCUCCACCACAAAAAUUGUUCCUGGUGAUUCGCGUGCGGGUUCACGACCUUGCACGUGUCUCGCCAUGAUUUUUUCCCAAGGAGAGCCCUGUCCACUAUUAUUAAUCUUAAUGUCCACCUCCAUUCUAUAGCAGGGAAAAACAAGAAAAGGAGGAGAAAAAGAGGAGACGGAGAAUCAGGAUAGAUAAGAAGCCAUCAUCUCUCUCUCCCUCGCCCUCUAUUGUUGGUGUGUGUUGGGUUAGGUGUCUGCAAGAAGAAGGACGAGGAGAAGAAGAAGAGGAGAAUGGAGAACAUAAUGGGGCUUCUGAAAAUCCGGGUGAAGCGAGGCAUCAACCUCGUCGUCCGCGACACCCUUAGCAGCGAUCCUUACGUUGUCGUCUCCAUGGCUUAUCAGAAAUUGAAGACUCGGGUGGUGAAAAACAAUUGCAACCCUGAAUGGAACGAUGACUUGACUCUUUCCAUAACAGACCCCAACAUUCCAAUCAACCUAACUGUUUAUGACAAGGACACAUUCACCGUGGACGACAAAAUGGGAGAGGCCAAGAUCGACAUCAAGCCGUACAUAGAUGCUAUAGAGAUGCGCCUGGAGAACCUCCCGACCCCCACCACAGUUGCUAGAGUCCAGCCUUCGAAGGGCAACUGCCUGGUGGACGAGAGCUCGAUUGUGUGGAAAGACGGCAAGAUCUACCAGGACAUGGUGCUCCGGUUGAGUAAUGUCGAGUCUGGUGAGGUGGAGAUCCAGCUGGAGUGGAUUGACCUCGCCAGCGGCUCUCAACGCCUGUGAGUUUCUCGAGGGAUCUCUGGUGAAGACGGCGCGUGUUGUGAUCGUCUCUGGAUUGCAUUGGAAUAUGAAUACAUUGACUGAGUUUAGUAGAUGAACUAAUGGAUUGAGCGAUCCUCUCGUUGUGUGAUAGUUUCGGUGGAUUGAAUAAGUUUUUGCUUGCAUAUUUUCAGAUA